AUGAAUAAAUUUACAAGAGAAGAAUUUCUAUUUUUGGCUAGAAUUGCUUAAUAAACUGAAAGAUUUAAUGAUAUGAUAGAAUUCAUUAAACAUUUCCUUGAUUAAGAACUUAAUAAAGAAGAGAGAAGUAUAUUAUCAGCUGCAUACAAAAAUGUGGUAAUCUAAUUUAUUACUUUAUCAAAGGUUGGUAAUAAAAGAGCUGAAUUAAGAGUUUUGACUGCUAUUGAAUAAAAAGAAUCAAGAAAAUAAACUGAUUAAUAUACUUUGAAUUAUAUAAGAAAUUAUAAACAUAAAAUUGAAGCAGAAUUGAAAAAUAGUUGUGCUGAAAUUUUGAAUUUAAUUGAUAAUACCUUAUAUCCUAAUUCUAAAUAAGUUGAUAGUAAAGUUUUCUAUUUAAAAAUGAAAGGAGAUUAUAAUAGAUAUCUUGCUGAAUUUUUAUUAGAUAAUGAAUAUCAUGCAGCUGUUGAUUAAGCUACUCAAGCUUAUAAGUAAUAAAUCUAUUAAUUAUAAGAGAUGCUGAUAUUUUGGCCAAAUCUAAUUUAUCUACUACAUCUCCUAUUAGAUUAGGUUUAAGUCUAAAUUAAUCUGUGUUUUAUUAUGAAAUAUUAUAGAAUGCAUCAGAAGCUAUAAGAAUAGCUAAUGAUGCUUUUGAAUAAGCAAUUGCACAAGUAGAUUCUGUAAAUGAAGAAAACUAUAAGGAUUGCACCUUAAUCAUGUAAUUAUUAAGAGAUAAUUUAACAUUAUGGAAUAAUCCAGAAGAGGAAGUUAAUGAUGAUUAAUGA